AUGGAUAUAUUGACGUAUGGAUAAAAGGAAUUGAAAGACGUAAUAAACCAAUUAGAAGAACAACUAAAGACAGUUUUUAUGCCUUAUUAACAAACAGAAAACAACAAAAGUGCAAAAAAAAUGCACAAAUCUGAAAUCAAAUUAAAUGAUUCUGAUGUAUACAAUAAUCCAAAAAAAUAAAGAGUAGAUAAAAACAAAUGUAGAAAGUGUAAACUAUCUACUAUUCCCACUAUUCUGCAUUUGCUUUAACAAAAUGAUAACACUGAUGCCAAUUCCAAUAUGACAAUGAAAUCAAUUAGAUAAUAAAUUGCAUAACAAUCUCAUAAAAAAGAAGAAUAAUCAGAUUAAAAAAUUCCUUACAUAGCCUUUGAUUAUUCACAGUAAAUUGUUAUUUGUAAAAGAUGCAGAUUCAAAUUUCACUCAGAAUGUGUAUAAAUUUAAGGAGCCUUAAAUGAAUGGUUGUGUGAUUAUUGUCUAACCAGAAUUGAGGAACUCAAGAACUCAAACUUAUGGGAUUAUAAAAAUUAAAAAUAAAUAAAGCAAUUACCAAAUCUAUCAUCAGAAAACAAGAAACUCAAUUUGAAGAUAAUAGAAAGAAUCUAAAAGAAAAAAUAAAUAUAUAUAAUAUCUGAGUUCAAACCUACUCCCAAUAAACAAAUUCAUUAGAUUUCUGAAUUCCUCUCAAAAUAUCCUUUGUAUAAAUCCACUGCUGGAAAUGUGGCUUAUCCUAUUUCAGAAAUAUUAGCAGUAGAUUACCCAGAACUUCUGAGCAUUAAGCCAAAACCUAAGCCACACAUGAUAAAAUCUAGUAUGGUAGAACAAAUUUUGAAGAUUCAAACAAUUUAUCAAAUUCUUGUGCCAAACUCAAAAGCACCUGAUACUUUUACUUAAGAGUAUAUAGAGAAAUAGUUCUAUGAGAUUUUAAUACACCUACUUAAUUAAUAUUUUGAUGAGUUCAUUCUAAAAGAUGAUCAAUAAUUUUAACAAUAUUGUGAUUAAGCUAAUGCAAUUACUACUUCCUAUUUAUAUUUGAUGAAUUAUUUACUACAUAAUGAGGAAGAUAAAAAUUAAGAUUUGUUAAAGAAAACUUGGAAAGAAUGUGUUAUUUAAAUAGAUUAAUUAGAUUUCAAUGAUUUAUAGUUCUAAGAUAAAAUCUGUGUAUUGAGUAGUUUAUCUGAAGGUUUAUAUGACUUGGAUAUAAUGAAGGAUUUGUUAAAAAACAAAGAAUAAUUCUUAAAUAAAGGAACCAUUAAUCAACUAUAAUUAACAUAGGCAGAUCUUAAGGUUUCACUAUAAUAGAAUUACUCUCUAUUUAUGAAUGGUGGAACUUAUUUGGGUUAAGAUGCCCAUACAUAAUAAUAUUUUUACUUCACAUUUUUUCCAAGUACAAUCUUUGUUCAAACUAAAAAAGGCUGGGGUCAAUAUACCAUCUCAGAUUUAACUGAACUGAUGAAUUCAUUAAAUUAAUAAGGUGUUAAUGAAUUAGAUUUGUUAUAAAACCUUGAACAAAUUAAAUCAAUUGAAUUAAUUGAUUCAUCCACUCCUAUCAAAUAAAAAAAUAAACUAACUUAAAAAUAGUAAUAUCAGUUAGAUACCUAAGAAGUGAUCGAUAAGUUUUUAAUGAUAGAAAAUUCCUACACCUAAAUAUUGUAAAAGAAAGAUCUUUGCUGGAUUCGUAAUAAUGAAAAGAACUCAUUCUUUAACUUAAUUAAAGACCAAGAUGAAAUAAAAUAGGUAUUAUCUGCUUUGAAACAAUUUUUCUGUGGGUUAAUUUAACCGAUCUCUAUUAAUGGGGAAUUCGUUAAGCCAUUUAAAAUAUUUAAAAAUCAUUUUAUUUUGAUUAAUCAAUUAGCUGUUUAUGUGGAGAAUGCUGAUUCCCUAUAGAAUAUCUACAUUUCAUUGUAGGUUUUAGAAAGAAUAUUAGAUGAUAAAUAAUAACAUAAGAAACAAAAAGAGUAAAUGAAAGUUAUAGUUGAAAAGGUUAAAAAAAACAAAAAAGUCUUAAAAGCAGAAAAGAAAAAUUAACAAAAACAUUCAAAGUAUAAUUAUGAUGAAGACUAUUAAGUUGCAGCUUAGUAAAUUAAGAAAGUAGAAAAUAUGUCUAAUUAUUAAAAAGUAACAAGAAAAAGUAAAAGUUUAGGUCAGAUUAUUUGUUUUUCCUGUUAGAAAAAUUUUGCAAAUUCAGAAUAAAGUUAAAAAUGCCCAAAAUGCUUACAAGUGUUUCAUAAAGACUGUUUAAAACAAAAUAAGAGUUUAUGCUAGAGAUGUUACUCAAAGAAUAACAGAAGUUUUAAAUGA